UUUUUAGGAGGUCCGACUCUAUUUUGCGCUCGUGUAGAAACAUCUCCUCAGGGGAAUUUCAACGAAGAAGAAAGUUGUGUGUUUUCAUUUCUUAUUGGGUUUUAUGAUGUUAAAAAACGACAGAAGGUGACAGAGACAUAAGAAGGGCUCUGACGAGUAGCUCCGUGGCUAACUGGUUAGCAUGCUCACGGUCAUGUUUGGACUCUUUAAGUCCUCUACAUGGACCAGGUGUGUUAAAGGGUCGUUCACAGCAUUCAGACGGAGGUGUGUGUCUCACAGCCGCAGAUUUAUCGGUGAAAACACGGAGGUGGUCGGAGAGCAGAGCCUCACCCCGGAGCUCAGACUGAGGCUGUUCACUCCCAGCUGCAGAUUCUGGACGGAGAGACCCGAACUGUGGCCCUACGAGGACCCGUACUGGGCGAUCUACUGGCCCGGAGGACAGGCGCUGUCACGGUUUCUCCUGGACCACCCCGAAGUGUGUCGGGGUCAGACCGUUCUGGAUCUGGGCAGCGGCUGCGGAGCCUCCGCCAUCGCUGCCAUUCUGUGCGGUGCCGCUCAUGUAGUGGCUAACGACAUCGACCCUGUGGCAGCCGUGGCGACGCACAUGAACAGUGAGCUGAACGGCCUGCAGCCUCCUGUGUGUCUCACCCACAACAUCAUCGGUUCACCGCCCGCCGCCUUCGACCUGAUCCUGCUGGGCGACAUGUUCUACGACCAGUCCCUCGCCACCAGCCUGCACAGCUGGUUGAACCGCUGCAUGGAGACCCACGGCACCAAAGUCCUGAUCGGAGAUCCAGGAAGAGCUCAGUUUGAGGAGCACGCCAUCCGACGCCUCCUGAGGCCGCUGGCUCAGUUUGAGCUGCCCGACAGUGUGAGAGAGGAGAACUACGGCCUGAGCUGCAGCGGCGUCUGGAGCUACACACCUGAACUCUGAACACCUGAGAGAAUUAUUCUUCAAGAAAACAUGGACUGUGUGAGGUUGAGAGGACUCUGUUUUAUUUUAAAGUCACACAAACAAGGAAGGUUGUUACAUUUCCCAAUCUGAAUGAUCACUUCUUUUAGAUAUUUUAAUGAUCAGCUGUAUCAAAACAACUCCCUCUCUUCUGUCUGUGUUCAGGAGAGGAAGCAUGGCGCCGUGCUGCUGCUGCUCCGGUAGCCUGGUUAGCAGGGCGGGGCGAUAUGACCUCAAAUCAAUAUCACGCUUAAAGGCAGGGUUGGUCAUUUUCUAAAACUAGCCUGAUGUUGAAAGUAGCAUUCCCUCAGUGCUGCGUCUGCAGUCAGGAGCAGUCCUCCUCAAAUGAUUUCCAUGUUUUCAGGAGUGCAGAUGUAAAAACGUGAUGUCUGGUUUCAGUUUGACAACUACACACACUCACAAUGUGUGUUUCAUAUUUCAUUUUUAAUUUAUCCUUUAUUAAUCACUCUGUUUAAUAAACAUGAACACACACAUGAACAAACAG